GCUUCGGCCUGGGUUGGCAUUGACGGUGACACCUGUGAGACCGCCAUUCUGCAGACGGGUGUCGACUUCACCUAUUCCGACGGCGAAGUCUCCUACGAUGCCUGGUACGAAUGGUACCCCGACUACGCCUACGACUUCUCCGGCAUCACCAUCUCCGCUGGUGAUGUCAUCAAGACCACCGUCACCGCGACUUCGACCACCUCCGGUACCGCCGUCAUCGAGAACACGACUACCGGCGUGACCGUCACCCAGGACCUGACCUCCACCUACGCGCUCUGCGAAGAGAACGCUGAGUGGAUUGUCGAGGACUACGAGGAGGGCGACUCACUCGUGGAACUUACCAACUGGGGCACCGUCACGUUCACCGACGCGUAUGCCACCACCUCUUCUGGUGAGGUCACGCCUUCGGGCGCGACCGCCAUCGACAUCGAGCAGAACGGCGAGGUCUUGACGCAGGUCACGAUCGGCGACACUGUUGCUGUCAAGUACGUCUGA